UCCGUGCUGCUGGGUGCGCCAUAUUGGCUGGCUUUCAUGAGGAGUGGAGUUGGAGACAAGCCGCUUGUAAAACCAAACCAGUUUCUGGACAUGAAGCAUUUCGAUGAUAACCAGUAGCUAAAUCAACGCGGUAGGAUUUAUCUGUUUCCAUAAGUGCAAAGUGUUUAAUUUGCCAAAUUGCUCGCCAUUUUCCCGUCAGAGGUUCUCGACUAACUCGAGUCCAAUGGAUCCUAGGACCGCUUGGAUCCAGCCGGAGCAGAAGGGACCUGACAAUUCCCCGAUGCACAUUUGGGAACCCUCUCAGGGAUUUGGAGCGAACUCCAGCAUCAACAACCACCUUCACCACCAACGCAACUUUGCAGCGCAAAAUGCAAACUCCACGCAGUCAAACGGCGAGUAUUGCAAAAAUGUAACGUUAGCAUUGCCGCCGGGGUGUGUGUUUGGAAAAAUGCCGAAGCGAGACGGCGGCGGAGAGAGGGGAAAUAUCCGAAGGAAGGGCUCGUUGUCACCGUCCUCUUCCUCUCUGGACUCGGAGGCCGAGAGCUCCUCGCCUUCCGGCUCCUCUCUGCAAAUCGAUAAUUUGAACGUCGCAGAAGAUGCCAACCGGUUUUUACACUACGGCGAGCACGAGUUGAACGAGAACAAUCUCAAACGGCAACACCCCCCUCCGCCUUUUCCCACUGUUCAGCAACACUGUCGCAGCAUGCAACAAUCGGGCGGCCACACCCCCACUGGCAUGAAAAAUCAGCAUGUGAACAAGCACCACCACCAUCGGUCCCAUUCAUCCGGACGCAGGAGGCAUCUGAACAGAGCCAACACUUUCCACGGCAUCAACCCGCUCCUGUCCCACGGCAGCAAUGGACACCAUGUAGACUCUUCUUGUAGUCUGUGGAAAACCAGGCGGUACAGCCCGGGUUUUAACGGUCUUCAUGAAGAAAUCAUGGACUUUUUCAACUUCAUGUCACCACGACCAGAGGAGGAGGCCAUGAGAAGAGAUGUUGUGAACAGAAUAGAAAGUGUCAUCAAGGACUUGUGGCCCACGGCACGGGUGGAGAUAUUUGGCAGCUUCAGCACAGGACUUUAUCUUCCAACAAGUGACAUUGACCUGGUGGUGUUUGGAAACUGGGACCAUCCCCCACUGCAAGAACUAGAACAAGCCCUGAAGAAACGCAAUGUGGCUGGCCCUUAUCCCAUCAAGGUCCUGGACAAAGCUACAGUGCCGAUCAUCAAGCUUACUGACCAUGAAACCGAGGUAAAAGUGGACAUCAGCUUCAAUGUAGAGACUGCUGUUAAAGCGGCACAGUUCAUCAAAAGCUAUCUUAAGAAGUACACUGUUCUGCCGCCUCUGAUCUUUGUCCUGAAGCAGUUCCUACUGCAGAGAGAUCUGAAUGAAGUCUUCACUGGAGGCAUCAGCUCUUACAGCCUUAUACUAAUGGCCAUCAGCUUCCUGCAGUUACACCCUCGAAUCGACACACGACGUGCCAACAUCAACCUGGGCAUCCUGCUGAUCGAGUUCUUUGGGCUGUAUGGCCGCAAUUUCAACUACAUGAAGUACGGCAUCAGGGUGAAGAAUGGAGGGGCUUACCUGUCCAAGGAGGAAAUGCUGAUAGGCGUGGGGAGUGGAAACAGGCCAUCCAUGCUCUGCAUGGAAGACCCAAUACAGCCAGGAAACGACGUGGGCAGGAGUUCAUAUGGCAUCCUGCAAGUCAAGCAGGUGUUUGACUUUGCCUUCAUGGUGCUGAGUCAUGGAGUGUCUCACCAUGCACGUGCUUACCCCAACAAAGAGUAUGACAGUACUUUAGGACGCAUCAUCAAAGUCAGCCCAGAGGUGUUGGCCUAUAGGGACUGGACAAUUAAGAAGUGGGGAGCCAAGCAGUAUGCCAAGCUGGAGAGCCAUGACAUGGAGACCUGUGAGCGGGACCUUGCCAGGCUGAUGCUGGUUUCUGUGGAGGAUCAGAGAGACACAUCCUCUCCCCUCAGUGCUGACUCGCCCUCACCUUCUCCAGUCUUCCUCCCCAGCCCUCAACACCACUCAUCAUCAUCCUCUGCAUGCUCGCUCUCCUCCUCCUCCUCCGGAAGUGACAUAGAGUCUGAUUCUCCGCCGAGCAGUAAUGCUGCUAUCCAACUCCACCCCCUCACCCUGGCCUCAGUCCAUUCAGUAAUCCAGAUGGCUACUGACCUGAGGGCCACACAUCCAGCGGGCUUUAUCCACACCACACCUCAGAUCCAGAUGUCUCUCCCUGAAAACCUAACCAUCCCCUCGUUCUCUGAUUGCCAGUUCUACCAUGAGAAUCCACCUUCAAUCAGUGUUGUGCACUGUCACAUGUCACAAGCUGCACACAUGUCCCAGCAUGCUAACUCCACAAGCCCCCUCCACCAGCUUCACCACCCACAGAUGGGAGGGCAGCAUAGCCACACUUACACCAUGAUAUCCAAUUCCCAUGGCUCACUUGAGCCGCACAAAGUUGGCUUCAAGCACAACCACGGUGGCAGCCUCCGAGGUCAAAAUCACUCUCAAGGUAACUUCAGUCCCCAGCAGCGGUUUGUUCCCCAGAGUCAUGACACGGCACCGGGUUUCAGGAACCAACAGCAGUACAACCACAACACCUGGCGCCGCAGGAAGAGGGACAAUCUUCCUGCUCUGAACCAGAGCAGAUGAAAUGCAUCCAGGACUUGACUGGCAUUGGUUUUUGAAGGCCUCACUUAGCCCAUCGCGGGUCUUGGUGUUGAGGAGCUGUGAAGAAUUCAUGAUACACCUGUGUUUUGUCAGAGGCUCUCAAAAACUCACCUACUUUGUCAAGGAAUUCACAAGUCAAUUGAAGUUGACUCCAAAGGUUUCGAAUGAUUGAUCUCUGCUAGCAUUGCAAGCACUUGGUAAGGCUACAGGGCUCUUGCAGAUGAGGGAAGACUAAAAGUCUUAACUGUGCUCAUUUUGUUUCAUCGGUCUGAUGAUAGUCAGAGCCCCUUCCUCGAAAUUUGAUGCACACCAGCGCAGACUUUGAGUUGAUCAAGGAAUUAAUGAUUCCCUGACUGUCUGCUCACCAGUGUCACUUUCCAGCAGCUAAAGACUCUGGCUGGUUGGCUGAAGAGGUCGGUCAAGUAUUGAGUUUUCGUGCAACUUCAUGUGCCAUAGUACUGAACUGGUUUGGUUCUCCUCAAGUUUUGACUCUUAUUGGGCCUUUUUGAUCAGGUUUGGGGCGCGUCUGGUCUUCUGAAUGCAACUCCCUCUCAACUAUGCUCUUGAUUCUGAGCUCUUACAGCUUGGACUAUCAUCUACAAAUUGUACUCUGGACCGAAGCAAAGCACUACCUUUCUACCUAUGCAGCGCAACGCUGACUUGAUGUUUUUGAUGUGACGGCACAAAACGGGACCUUGUCCAAAAGUCUUAAACUGUGAUGACUUGUUUGAAUGUACCAAGUUUUUCUUUUUUGUGUGUUGGUCAUUUGUUUUCUUGUUUGUCACUGAGGGCUUUUUUUUUUUUUUUUGUUCAUAUUGGCACUACAUUUUUUGUUUGGUAAACAUUGCCACCUUUUGUUUGUUGCGUUCAUGUGCAAUAAUUGCUUUUAUUUAAUUUAUUCACAUUUUAGUUAUAUUUUAGGGGUUCUCCCCACAAUAGGUUUGCCUUUUUAUUUCUAGACAACAUUGACCUGUGCAAUAGAUGGAUUUAAGGGCCUUGAAGGAAUGUGUGUGUGUGUGUGUGUGUGUGAGUGUGUAGCUUUCCAGCAGAAGGGGGGGGGGCUAUGGUUAUGGUAAAGCAUCCUGAGAAAUGUGCCAAAAAUGACAUGAUUUACCAUUGUAUUAUGAUCACUUGAAAUUUUGCCAACUGCCUGUCCAAAUGAUUUCCACUACUACUCUUAUCACUUUUAGCAGUAGGUUUGACUUUUAUUUUGGUGUAUUUCCUAGGCUGUACUGGAGAAAUGAAUCGUUUUUAGCAGUGUUUACUCAUGUCAUUUCAAAAAUAGUUGGUGCUACUUAUUACCAGCAAAGUGCUUUUUUCUGCCUUAUGUCUCCUUUUGGUUCUGUUAAAGCAACAGGUUAACUGCCUUCUUAAAUGACCAAAUUUGCCCUUUUUUCUGUACGUAGUCAGCUUUCUGUAUUACCUAUUGUUUCUAUAAGCACUGCCAGGUUUACUUGGCUUUUAUUUUUACACGCAGCUUCUAGGUGUGUGUGUGCUCCAGGAGGAGACUCCUGCUGCAGUCAAUGAUUGUUAACAUUAACAUCAUGUCGGAACAUCAUUUUUUUUUUUUUUUUUACUUCAAAAUUCAUAAUUAUAAAAGGCAAGAGGGCCUUACAUUUCAGAGAUUUUCCUCUCCCAUAUUUAAAGUCAGCAUUUGUACAUCUUGUGAGACAAGGUUUCAAAGCUAAAUAAUUUACACAGCAAUCCAUAAGUGGACUUGAGCUUGGGAUGUCACAGAUUUACCAUUGCUGGAGUUUCAGUAGAGCCAAUUCACCAUUCACAAAACCAAAAUUUGGCAAAGAUCAUAUGUUACAAAAGUCAGUGAUUAUUUUAACACCCGCACACCAAUCUGAUGGAUUCAACAUGAUACUAGCGUUAACCCCUCGUUUUCAGUGCCGCUUUUUAAUAAGCACCCUAGAGGAUGAUCGAUGGGUUGUUGACGGGAACCGAAUCCCCAGCUUAAAUGUGUGUAAUUAGGAUGGGUUAUGUGUAAAUGGCUGACGUAUAGAUAUAUAUACCUUUUUUUUUUUUUUGUUUUUUUUUAUGUAAGUUUUUCUAUUUUUUUAAAUAAACAU